AUGGCUGAAGCAGUGGUUCAACUCCGAUGUGGUGUGAAGAAUGAUUCCUGGGGGAAAAAAGGAAAGGAAUCCGUCGUGGCUCAAUUGUGGUCAAAGUCUCCGAACAAUGCGCCAAUCGAUGAGUCGAAGCAUUACUCAGAGAUGUGGUUGGGUACUUACCCUUCCAAUCCAUCAUAUCUCCUGUCAACUGGCGAACAUCUCGGAGAGUAUUUGAAGAAAAACCCGCAUUUUAUUGGCAAAUCGGUUCACGAUCGAUGGGGACCAGAGAUCCCCUUCUUACCCAAGGUAAGAAACAUGAAAAAUUCCAAAAAGAAAUCAAAACUUACAGACCAGAUCCUUUCAUUCAGCAAAGCGCUCCCACUACAAAUCCACCCAGACCUCAGUCUCGCCGCAAAGCUUCACGAAGAGGACCCCAAGAAACACGGCGACACAAUGCAUAAGCCCGAGAUAGCAAUUGCGCUCUCCAAAUUCGAGCUCUUCGCCGGCUGGAAACCCCUCAAAGACAUCCAAACGCUCUUCGAACUAAACCACCUAAGCAGAUUCAUCCCAAAGACAAGCCAAUUCACAGACGAAACGCUCCGCCAAAUAUGCAAAGCUCUCCUCAGCGCCUCGCCCCAAACAAUCUCCGAAACAACCAAAGACCUGCAAGCAAUCCCGGAGUCCCACUUCGGCGCACACACCUACAUUCCUAGCCUGCUAGGCCGCCUAAUCAAGCAAUACGGCGAAGGCGACAACGGCAACCUCGUCGCCGCCCUCUUAAUGAACUACCUAACCCUCGGACCAGGCGACGCAGUCUUCGUACCGGCCGAUAGCAUCCACGCCUACCUAGAAGGCGACAUAGUGGAAUGCAUGGCGCGCUCGGACAAUGUCAUCAACACGGGAUUCUGUCCCGCCGCCGAACGCGACAGUGUCGAGCUGUUUGGGGCAGCGCUCAGUUUUGUUCCUCAUAAUGCGCACGAUGCCCUUUUGCCCCGGAAGAAGAGCGAUAAGGGUAUGAAUGGUAAGACAGAUGUUUAUGCGCCGCCGAUUAGUGAGUUUAGUGUGCUUUGCAUUACGCUGGGUGCUGGUGAAAAGGAGACGCAUAAGGCUAUUCUGGGGCCGAGCUUGAUGAUUGUUACUAAGGGGUGGGGGAGUAUGAAUGUUCCUGGUGGGAAGUGUGUUGAGUUGAAGGAGGGUUGGGUGUUCUUUGUUGGACAAGGGGUUGCGUUGGACUUUGUGACUGAGAGUGGGAUGGCGGUUUAUCGUGCUUAUGCGGAGUAA